CAUCUCCAUCCCGGUGGAGUUUCUGAGACCCAAGGACCGGAGAGCCGUGGUCACAACAGAGCUUCCGAGAGGGAUGCGGAGCACUGGGAACUGAGGACACGCCAGGUGCUGAUCCUGGGAGACCAGAACCAGGGGUACAAGCCUUGCGGGCGUGAGGAGCGCCAUUCAGCAGUUCCGGGAGGCCCAGGAAGCCUACUGCCUGGCUUGGGCACCGUCACCGCCGCCAGGCCACCAUGGUCCUCGGCUGGCUGCUGCUUCUGGUGAUGGCUCUGCCCCCAGGCACGACGGGCACCAAGGACUGCGUCUUCUGUGAGCUGACCGACUCCACGAUCUGUCCCGGCAUGCACAUGCGCUGUGGCGAUGACGAGGACUGCUUCACGGGCCAUGGGGUGGCCCCCGGCGUCAGCCCCAUCAUCAACAAAGGCUGCGUGCCGGCCACCUCGUGUGGCCGCGAGGAGCCCGUCAGCUACAUGGGCGUCACCUACAGCCUCACCACCAACUGCUGCACCGGCCACCUGUGUAAUGGGGCCCCCCACCCCACAGGCGGCCGGAUGGCACGGGCCACCACCGGCCUGGCGCUGGGCGUGCUGCAAUUGCUCCGACAUUUGCUGUGACUAACCUGGAGGGCAGGGCCCAGGACUGGUCUCUCGCCUGCGCUGCCCCCGCAUGCCCCCUGCCUCCAUCCCCUUCCCCUGUCAAAUGGCCAGAGGCCCUGGACAGCCCCUUGUGGCCCUGGCCUCGUCGAUCUAGGGCUGUCACCAGAGCCCAGCGCCCGGCGAAGCAUUCUCAGGCCUGAUUUAGUGGUGGGGAACCAGGCCCUAUGGGUUUGACUGUGCUGUUGUAUUUCAUUGCUUCUAAGACGCGUAUCAUUUCACAUUCUGAUCUUUGCUUUGGUGGUACCUUAGAGUCUAUGAAAUAUGGUAAAAAAACAAAUAAUAAACGACAGCUGACGUUUAUGGAGCACUUCUUAUGUUCCGUGCCAGGCAUCGUUAUCUCAUUGAAUCCCCAAGUGAAGCUGGGAACGCGGAUUCUCUUCAAAACCUCCCAGUCUCGGGAAUUCCCUGGCGGUCCAGCGGUUGGGAAUCUGCGUUUUCGUUGCCAAGGGCCCGGGGUUCAAUCCCUGGUUGGGGAACUAAGAUCCCGCAAGCUGCGUGUUGCAGACAAAAAAAAAGAAAAAAAGGGCUUCCCUGGUGGCGCACUGGUUGAGAAUCUGCCUGCUGAUGCAGGGGACACGGGUUCGAGCCCUGGUCUGGGAAGAUCCCACAUGCCGCGGAGCAACUAGGCCCGUGAGCCACAACUACCGAGCCUGCGCGUCUGGAGCCUGUGCUCCGCAACAAGAGAGGCCGCGAUGAAGAGUGGCC